AUGUUGUUAGGUCUGUCUUUGCUGAUGUUUUUUACAUGCCGGUGUGUCUCCUCGGACGAGGACUUGAGCAGAGCUCUGAAGCUGAUGUCUGAGACGCCGCUCAUCGACGGCCACAAUGAUCUGCCUUGGCAAAUGCGCAUACAGUUCAACAACCAGCUCAAUAAAGUGGACCUAAACACCCUGGAAAACAUGCACACCAACAUACCAAAGAUAAAGACGGGUCGUCUGGGAGCCCAGUUCUGGUCAGCUUAUGUGCCAUGUGAAACUCAGUACAAAGACGCAGUCCGUCAAACUCUGGAACAGAUUGAUGUGAUUCACAGGAUGUGUCAGAAAUACCCCGACGUAUUCAUGUUCGCCAAAAGUAGCCGAGACAUCAAGGACGCGUUUGCCCGAAAUAAGACGGCCAGCUUGAUUGGUGUGGAAGGGGGUCACUCUAUUGACAGCAGUCUCGGCACACUGCGUACAAUGUACCAGUUGGGGGUCCGCUACCUUACACUUACUCAUUCCUGCAACACACCCUGGGCUGAUAAUUGGCUUGUGGACACUGGAUCAGAACCAUCUGAACACAAUGGCCUGUCACCUUUUGGCAAGCAAGUGAUUGCGGAAAUGAACCGUAUGGGGAUGCUGAUCGACUUGUCCCAUGUGACCGUGAGAGUGAUGCAUCAGGUGCUGGACAUGUCCAAGGCACCUGUCAUCUUCAGCCACUCGUCCGCUUUUGCUGUCUGCCCACAUAAAAGGAACGUGCCGGAUGAAGUUCUCAAGAGAGUGAAUGAAACUGGUGGAAUUGUAAUGAUCAACUUCUACAACGACUAUGUGACCUGCUCCCAAACUGCCACCGUUGCCAAUGUUGCAGAUCAUUUUGACCACAUAAGGAAAGUGGCUGGAGCUGGCAUCAUUGGUUUCGGUGGUGACUAUGAUGGCGUCGAAAGAGUUCCAGAGGGUCUGGAGGACGUGUCAAAGGUCCCCAAUCUGGUGGCUGAGCUGCUUAGACGAGGGUGGUCUGAUCAGGAGGUCAAGGCUGCUUUGGGAGACAACUUGCUUCGUGUCUUCCAAAAAGUGGAGGAGAUCGCAGAAAGUCUUAGAAAGCUGAGCCCGGAUGAUGUUCCCAUCCCAUAUGAUGAGGUGAAGAACCCGUGUAGGACAAGUACUGGUUACUCCAGAGGUGGAAUUUCUCCCUCACCACUCAGCCUUGCGGCUCUCCUAAUAACACUGGCUCUUCAGAAACUCAUCUGA